CGUGGGGCGCGCGCCGCAGCCUCGCUCUGGGGCCGGAGCCUGCGCGCUCGCUCCCGUCUCCCCGCGACCCCAGCGCGCUCCAGCCGGCAGGGGUUUCUCCUCCAGGCGGUCUUGUCUGUCAGCCCCGCGGGGCCAGGCGGCGCGGCCCAAGCCCCGCCGUCCGCGGCGAGCGAGCGUGAGAAGCCAUGAUCCGGCUGCGCGGCUGGUGUGCUCCGCGGCCCCGCGGCUCGGCGGUCCCGGGGGCGCGGCGCUGGGCGGCUGGCGGGCCGGCCGGCGCGAUGGGCGGCCGAGCCCUGCGGGUGCUGGUGGACAUGGACGGCGUGCUGGCCGACUUCGAGGGCGGCUUCCUCAAGAAGUUCCGCGCGCGCUUCCCCGACCAGCCUUUCAUCGCGCUGGAGGAUCGGCGUGGCUUCUGGCUGUCGGAGCAGUACGGCCGCCUCCAGCCCGGGCUGAGCGAGAAGGCCAUCAGCAUAUGGGAGUCAGAGAAUUUCUUUUUUGACCUUGAGCCUCUACCAGGAGCUGUGGAAGCUGUGAAGCAGAUGGCCAGCCUGGAAAAUACUGCUGUCUUCAUCUGCACGAGCCCCAUCAAGAAGUACAAGUACUGUCCCUACGAGAAGACAGGUGCUGGCCCAAGACAGAGAUGCAGAAACUGGGUGUGUGUGAUUGGAAACUUUGGGGGCCGUUUGACACGGAUGCAGCAUCCAAGCACAUGGCUGGAUUUGAGAUCUUACAGAAAUAUCAGUCCAAGAUCAAUUGGAAACUUAAAAAAAGAAAACAAGUGGUCCUUCUCCAUAGACAGUUUGUGAAACCUGACUCUUAACGGCCCGGCGCUUCCCUCCGCCCUCCCUCCUCCUCCCCUGCUGUCUGCUCCAGCCAAACACACCAACACCAAAGCGUGUUCCUGCCGUUGCAGCACACUGGGAUUUGUUGUUCCCUCUGUAUGCCACGUUCUUCUCUCAGACCUUUAACGCCAGGCUCUGCCGUGUCACGCAGCUCCAGUCACAGGCGUGUCUUCUCAGAGAGGCCUUCUCUCGCCACCCUCUGUCUUAGGUCUUUGUUUUAUUACCUCUGAGCCCUUGUUCCACAGGAAAUUGCUUAUCUGUCUGUCUGUUGUGUGUCUUCUCCCACUGAAAUACGGAUUCCAUCUCUCGUACGCACCAUCAUCUCUCCACUUCCUAGAACUGAACCUCACACAGUGGGUGCUCAGUAAAUAUUUGUUAAAUAACGGAAAGAAUACAUUGUUGUGCCGCUUAAAUGAGCAGAUGGCAGAGGAGUGCCCAGGGAGCAGCCAUGCUGGAAACGUUAGCCGAGGCCGUUCCAGCCUCCGCCACCGUAAGGCACGCCCAUCCCGCGUGCCUGGCCUGGCCCUCCAGUGCCCUUCCUCCUGCAGUGCUACCUGGGAAGGUCCUUGCCCUUGCCUGGCGGACAGUGCAGGUGAGCAGCACGUCCACUGUCCACCCAACUGGGGCACAGUGACUUGAGCCUCACUAGGCUGUUUUGUGCACUGAUGGAACCCUGUUAGUUUAUAAUAACUGCUGACAUCCUGAUGGUUUUCCUGAGACGAUGGGUAGCAUGGGGUCCUUUGUCUGCUGAGUGAGUCACUGAGGAGAAGGAUGUUUGGGGAACUCAGAAGUGGGCCAUAGAGAGGCAGAGGGGGCACACCUGGUAGCCAGCAGGUGGCCGAGGGGCCACUCUGCGAACUUGGCCACGAGGCCUUCAGAAUCAGAGCAUCCUGUCCCUCGGGCAGGGCUGGGCGGGAACUCACCUCAUUCCUCCCCGUCAUGUGCCUGUUUUUUGGUUUGUUUGGUCAUUCAGCAAGUAUUCAUUGAGACAUGGUCCCUGACCGACCUCAAGGAAUUCACAGUCAAGUGAGGCAGAUAGAUGUGAAACACAUAAUUAUGCAAAUACAUAGCUACAGCUGCAACCCCUGCUAGGAAGGGUAGUGAGAGUGUGGUAAGUCAGGGAGGGCUGAAGAAGUGGCAGCUUUAGAAGGAUUAAGAGCUC